AUUAUCAAUUUCAGAAUACGUGGAGGAUCUUAAUAUUGGUUAAGCGGGUACCAUCCGGAUAAUUAUUCUCAUAAAGUGUGGUUGAACGGAACUGGUCAAUUCCGGUGGAAAGAUAUAUCAAAGCAUAAAAUGAGUUCUUCAACAAAGAAAAACAAGUUUGGAUCUUGAACGUGAGCACUUUGAAAAAUUUCAGAUUUUCCACUUGGACUAAACUAAGUCAAUAAAUAUAAUAACUAAAUAAAAAGAUUAACGAGCGGACUAACGGACAUUUUUUGAUGUUACUAAAUAAAUAAUAAGACAUCUCUUCUGAAUAAGAGACUUUUUUUUUUAAUAAUUAUCCUAAAAAUCCUCUUCAUAAUCAUUAACAAUGUCGCCAAUAUCUCCAGUAUCAACUAAACAAUUACAACAUCAGAGUAUUAGUAUCAGCAAAGCAGUUAACCCAACAGAGACUCCGGUUAAAGAAAAGCAUGUUAGGAGUGCUAUUAUUGGUACAUAUCAAGAGAAAAGUGGAGCAAUCUUUUGGAUGUUUAUUUUACGCCAACCAUUACAAGAAAAUCGUAUUGUCGCUUGGAAGUUUUGUCAUGUUCUACACAAAGUAUUGCGAGAAGGUCAUCCACGAGUUAUUGCUGACUCACAAAGACACAGAGGCAAACUUGAAGAUCUUGGCAAAAUGUGGCAACACUUGAGAGAAGGAUACGGGAAAUUAAUUUAUUUAUAUAUUCGAUUACUUGUCACUAAAUUGGAUUUUCAUAACCGCAAUCCUGGUUUACCGGGUAAUCUUCAAGUUACUAAUGAAGAAUUGGAAGCUAUCGGUGAAAACGACAUUAAUAUUUAUUUUCAAAUGUCAGUAGAAAUGUUUGAUUACAUGGAUGAUAUUUUAAAUUUACAAAGAGCUGUAUUUGGAUCAUUAGAUUUAUCAAGAUCGAAUUCAAUGACUCCUUGUGGACAAUGUCGACUAGCUCCAUUAAUACCGUGUAUCCAAGAUGCCUCUCAACUUUAUGAUUAUUGUGUUAAAAUAUUAUUCAAACUUCAUGGUGCUUUACCAGCUGAUACCUUAAAAGGACAUCGUGAUCGUUUUUCUAAACAAUUUUAUGAUUUAAAAACAUUUUAUAAUACAAUUAAACAUAUGCAAUAUUUCAAACAUUUAAUUACUAUCCCAGGAUUACCUGAAAAUCCACCAAAUUUUUUAAUUCAAUCUGAAUUAAGAACAUAUGUUACUCCAGUCGUUAUAUUGCCACAAGAAGAAUCAAUCGACCACGAAUCAACUGUAGAUAGUCUUAUUGAUACUUCUGAUACAAAUUCAAUGCCCGGAGAUCAAACUGAUGUCGCCAGAAAUGGUUCAAUAUCACCAGACGUACUUGCUGAGAGAGACAGUUUGAUAGAUCAUUUACAUCAUGAAAAUGGAAGGCAAAGAGAAGAAUUGCAUAGAUUUUUAUCAGAACAUCAGAAAAUUGUGGGUGAAAUGAAACGUCACAUUAGAGAACUCGAAUUGAUGAUUACAACAAAAGACAAUGAAGUAGAUCAACAAAAACAAUUAUGUGACGAUUUGGGAAAACAAAGCGCUGAUGCGAUACUCAAAGUUAGAGAACUUGAAGAUAAAAAUAAACUCAUUGAUGAAAAAUUUCAAAAGUUAAAGGAGGUUUAUUCCAAAUUACGAGAAGAACACAUUAACUUAAUUCGAAAGAAAGCCGAAGUUGAUAAACAACUAGGAGGAAUUAAAAUAUCAUUAGAACAAGCAGAAAGACGUACUCAAGAAGCUGAAAAAUGUCUUCAAGAGCUUAACCAAGGACAAGCAACAGCUGAUCAAGAAGCUGAAAGAGUUGCUAAAGCUCGCUCUGAAUUGGAUGAAGUCAGAAAACAAUUCGAUGAAGCUAAAACUGAAAAUUUAGCUCUUAUAGCAAAAAUUGAUUUUAUAUCAUCAGAAAAAGCAGUUUCUGAAGGUGACCUUCAUGAUUUGUUGGCUCAAAAAGAAGAAUUGGAUUUACGAAUAAAUCAAUUGGAAACUGAAAUUGAAAGAACUCGUGCGCAAGGAAAAAAAGAUCUUGAAACUACUCAGUGUGAGCUGAUUUUAAAUAGCAUCUCUUGUGCAGAAGCUAUGAUACAAAACGCAUCAAGUGCUAUUGAUAAUCCGGCUAUAUCGGCUUUAACCUGUACCCCAGAUUAUCUUGAAAGCUUAUUAAAUCCUGCAUUACAAUUAUUAAAUGAUCUAGAAACUUUAUAUAAAAGUUAUGAAACUGAUUUUAAAGAUGGAAAAUCACUGAUUCGUACUGUAUCAAAUGUUGCAUAUAAUUUAGCUAUAUAUAUAAUUCACGCAAAAUCAACUUCAAAUACAUCAACAGACAUAUCACUGGAUGAUAAAUUAACUGAAGAAUGUAAAUUACUUGCUACUCAAUCGCUGGCAAUGCUUACCAGUAUAAAAGAAAAAUCAACCAAUUCUGUAGAUAUGAUAAAUCAUGUUAAAACGCAAUUGAAUGUCAUUUCAAGAGUAGCUAAUACUUUAUCGAAAGCGAGAGGUAAUGUUGAUCUACUUGGUGAUUUAGUGGAAAAUGAACUUCACAGUAUGGAUAAAGCUAUUGAAGAAGCAGCUAAUAAAAUGCAAGAGAUGCUUAAUAAAUCACGUGCUGAUGAUUCGGGAUUAAAACUUGAAGUGAAUGGAAAAAUUUUGGAUUCAUGUACAGAGUUAAUGAAGCGUAUUAGAGUUUUGGUCAAAAAAUCUCGUCUGUUACAAACAGAAAUAGUUGCGCAGGGUAAAGGUACAGCUUCGGCUAAAGAAUUUUAUAAAAGAAAUCAUCAAUGGUCUGAAGGUUUAAUAUCUGCUGCGAAAGCUAUUGCGAUGGGAGCUAAUUUUCUAUUAGAAGCUGCUGAUAAAGUGGUAUUGGGUAAUGGUAAAUUUGAACAGCUUGUCGUUGCGUCACAAGGCAUCGCUGCAUCAACAGCUCAAUUAGUUGUAGCAAGCAGAGUGAAGGCUGACAAAAACAGCAGGAACUUAGCUGGACUUUCGGAAGCUUCAAGAGAAGUUACACAAGCUACGGGUAGUGUUGUUGCUACUGCCAAAAGUUGUGGACAACUUAUUGAAGAAAAUGAUGAUUUAGAUAUGUGUGGAUUAAGUCUCCAUCAAACCAAAAGACUCGAAAUGGAAGCGCAGGUACGCGUUCUUGAGUUGGAACAAGCAUUGGAGACUGAAAGAUUAAGACUGGCUGCACUACGUCGUCAUCAUUAUCAGAUAGCCGGUGAAAAUGAACAGUAAAUUAUUAAUAUUUAUUGAUUAAUAUUAAUAUAUAUGUGACAAAUUUUAAUUCGUUUUAUCUCAACACUAAAUGACUAGUUAAUGAGUACUAAAAUUAUCAUUUAGACGUUAUAAAAAUAAGAUAGAACUGUUUACUCCAUGCCCACAGAGAUUCAAUGAUACUUUUGACAUUGAGUACGGACUUUUAAAAAUACAAUUGACAUUAUUGAUAAACAUAUAUUAUUUGCAUUCAAUUGCAGAGUAACUAUUAAGCAUUAUUUAAUUAUUAAUUUUUUUUUUUUUUUUUUAUUUAUUAUAUUUAAUAUUUUUUCUUUUUUCAUGAUUAACAUAUGAGUACACUAACUGUACUACAAAUGAAA